CUCCUCCCGCCGCCGCCGCCGCCGCGCUCGCCGCCUCCUCCCCCCCGAGGGCUGGGAAAGAAAUCCAAAGUCGUGACUCAGGAGGAGCCUGAGGAAGACGGAGGCCCUGCAUAUCUCCAAAAGUCGCCUCACCGAGUUCUUCCCACUGGGCAAAGCUGUGUAGUGCGAGAACUGUAACUUUGGUGCCAGUAGAGUGCCUUGGAGGAGAAUACAGGAGAUCUACAAAGAGUUAUUGAUAGUUUUGAAGUUGCAGAUCCAUUUCUGUUAUUAUGAUCAACUCUCUCCUACUACUAGGAACCAUGCCUAGAGCUUGUACACGUUGCAGCGAAGUGUACCCUAAGUGAACUGGACUGCCUUGAAGGCCUUCUUGUUGAAGAUGGAUCUUGAGAAGGGGUUAGAAGAAUGAAAGGUUUUGGACCCAUGGAUUCUGGUUUAGAAGAUCUGAACCAUGUCUCACCCAUCCUGGUUGCCACCUAAGAGUACCAACGACCCUGUUGGUCACGUUACUGCAAGGAUGGAGACCACACAUGCCUUUGGGACUCCCAGCAUCUCGGUGUCCACUCAGCAGACACCAAAGAAAUUUGCACCUGUCGUUGCUCCCAAGCCAAAGUACAACCCGUAUAAGCAACCAGGAAGUGAUGGGGAUUUCCUUCCUCCACCUCCACCUCCUGUUGAUGAUCUUGGGAAUAUGCCAGCACCACCAGGUGCCUUUCCCCCACCGCCCCCUCUGGAUGAUGUUUCUUUCAACGUGCAGGUGAAUCCUGGUGGCAAGACCCUUGAGGAGAGACGAUCCAGUUUAGAUGCAGAAAUCGACUCUCUGACCAGCAUCCUGGCUGACUUAGAAAGCAGCUCGCCUUACAAGCCUCGAACUCAACAGGGCUCUGGGACCUCAAGCGGUGCUUCUGCCACCACCCCGACGGUGUCAACGCCUGUCACUGGCCACAAGCGGAUGAUUAUUCCCAACCAGCCUCCCCUCACUGCCACCAAGAAAUCCAGUGCCAAGGGUCCUGGGCAGCCGGCUCCGAUCCCGGUCACUCCCGUCGGCACCCUGAAGCCCCAGCCGCAGCCGGUUCCCGCGUCGUACACCACUGCCUCCACCCCCAGCCGCCCGGCCUUCAACGUCCAGGUGAAAACGGCCCAGCCUAGCCCUCACUACCAGCCGCCAGGGCCGCAGCCCGCUCCCUACGGCAGCCUUGGGCCGAGCCACCCCUACGGCCCUCCGCCGGCACGCCAGCCAGGAGCGACGCCGCAGUACGCUCCUCCGCAGCCUCGCGGGCCUGACUACGGCUACGCCCCGCAGCCCACGCGGCCCCUGGAGCCCAGCUACGGCUAUGCGCCUCCUCCGGGCCGCUACCAGGACCCGUACUACGUGGGAUACGGAGGGAGGAACGGCUCAGAGCCACCCUAUGUGCCCCAAAACGCCUGGAAGCCCGAGCCAGCGUAUCCUGCCAGCAACACCAUUGGUCAGGCUCCUCCUGCCUUGUACCAGCCACCUGGCACGAAGAAGACCUACAUCACUGACCCUGUGUUGGCUCCACAGCCGCCUGCUCUGCAAAAGAGUGGGUAUCCAAGCUCUGGGCCUGCAUCAAGCACUCCUACCUUCAGGCCUGAGGAUGAGCUGGAACAUCUUACCAAGAAAAUGCUGUAUGACAUGGAGAAUCCUCCCUCUGAUGACUACUUUGGCCGCUGUGCCCGCUGUGGAGAGAAUGUUGUUGGGGAAGGCACAGGCUGUACGGCGAUGGACCAGGUCUUCCAUGUGGAGUGCUUCACCUGCAUGAUGUGCAACAACAAGCUGAGAGGACAGCCUUUCUAUGCGGUGGAGAAGAAAGCCUACUGCGAACCCUGCUAUAUCAACACACUGGAGCAAUGCAGUGUCUGUGCGAAGCCCAUCAUGGAAAGGAUACUCCGAGCUACUGGGAAGGCCUACCAUCCCCACUGCUUUACCUGUGUGAUGUGCCAUCGCAGCCUGGAUGGGAUCCCCUUCACUGUGGAUGCCGGUGGGAACAUCCACUGCAUCGAGGAUUUCCACAAGAAAUUUGCACCAAGAUGUUCAGUGUGUAAGGAGCCUAUUAUGCCGGCCCCAGGACAAGAGGAGACCGUACGCAUUGUCGCCUUGGAUCGUGACUUCCAUGUCCAGUGCUACCGGUGUGAGGACUGUGGCGGCCUCCUGUCUGAAGGGGACAAUCAAGGCUGUUACCCUUUGGAUGGACACAUCCUUUGCAAGACCUGCAACUCAGCUCGGAUCCAGGCUCUUACUGCUAAGGCCAGCACUGAUCUCUGAGUAUCAGCUGUGACCCUCCCCAGUCUGUCUGUUGGGAGAAUUGCACAAGCUUUGCAUGGUUUCUUUCCAGCCUAGGGCCUAAGUCUUUGGGUUUUUUCUUAAAAAAAAUAAAUAAAUAAAACUGGAAGGCCUUGGAGCAAGAGGGCAGUUGUAAAGGCCAUGUUCAGACUCCUGCCAUAGGCACCUCGUUUAGAUGUGACUGUAGGUGGGUGGUGAGUGAGUCAGACCACCUGCUAUCUCUACAGUUAAUGGAGGGGAGGGGUCACGCACCAAAAUUAUGUGCCUAUGGAAGGAGGUAUGAACAUGGUCCUAACAAUAUUUCUGUGUUUUUGAUUCCUGUCUCCUAAGAAGCACAUGAAGGUACCUGAGCUAGCUUCUUCUUCCAGGUCCUCAUGAGAACCUGAUCUAGCUCUCUCUGAAAUCUUGGGAACCUUCCCAUUGACUUUAAUGGGAACUGGAUCACCAGGAGAAGUAACUCCAUUGUAGUAGAAAAUGUAAAACCAGUAUGAGAGUAGAAUCAGCAUCUCUCUCAUCACAACAAAAACCAUGCAACUUCAAAUGUACCUCAUGUAAGAAUGUGGGUGUGACCUUGUAUCUUUAGGACACAGAUUUGUUAUCCACAUCUUUUUCUUAGGCUCUUUCUUGUCUCCAUUCCCUUCCAGUUCAAUAGAUUUUUUUUUCCUUUUCUUAUGAAAUUAUAUUUUGCUACUGCAUAAAUUUAUUUGGUAGUGAUGCUUCCAAAUCACAGAUGUAUGAGCAAUCACAGAGGGAUAUGAGCUUGGACACACUAUACACAGGCACACACUACACACACACACAUACACACUCAAAAUGUGCUUUUGAUUUACAAGAGGUAUUAAGCCAAUUAUGCCUGUUGAGAAGGUUUUUUAAGGAUCUGAGGCUGCAAAUACUUUUCAAAAUCCCAGUGGUUUCAAUGAACUUUACUACAUAGAACUGCAGUGCAAAGGGAUGCUCAAAGAAAUCCUAUAGCACUCUUUCACAUGUCCUGUUAUAACAGGUCCAAUGGUAGUGCUGGUUCUCUGGCAGAUAGAUGGAUAAGCAAUGGAGUCCUGUUCUGCUCCUGCUGACUGCAAGGAGUGGAUUCCCAUCUACUGCACAGGACUUGAAUCAAGCCUUGUAUAGACAAGAACAUUAUUCACUGGUUGUACAUGAUUUGGAGUUCUGGUUAAAAAAAAAAAAAAAAAAAAAAAAAAGAAAAGAAAAAAAAAGUAUAGUUCAGUCUGUGCAUUAAGAAAGCAAAAGGAAGUGUUAAACUCAUCUCGAUGCCAUCCAAAAAAGCAAGCAUUUUUCUUCUCUUUCAUUUUCAUAUCAGUUACUUAUUACUUCUCUCUGGUGAAAUAUCAUUGCAGAAGAGUGCUGGGCCAGGAGCAGCAUUUUUAUCCUCUGUCCAGAAUUAAUACUUAUGCCAAGGCAAAUAAAAAGCUGGCCACAGACGCCUUUUUUUUUCUUGUUGUUAGUCAGGGCUUUUUUAGUUUUGUUAAUUAAAAAAUAAAUUAUAAAUCUAUAGCUUAUUCUGUGCAGUGUAAUAUUCUCGUUCAUGAAACCCAUAAUAACUAAGGUGCAAAUUACAUAGUAAGAGAGUAAUUUUCAUAUUACUGAAUUGACAUUAAUAUCUUAUUUGCAGAUGUAAUCAAAGAAAAUACCUUUCUAUGCACUUAAAUUAAGAUGUAGAACUGAAACAGUUGCAGGCUGAUUGACCAUAUUAGUGACGAACUGGCACUUUUUAAGAUUAAGUUCUAACAAUUUCUCUUUCAUGCACCCACUGAAAAAUAAUGAGAAUGUGGUGUCAUCGUCUUUAGUCUCUGGAACAGAAGCCCAAUAUACCCACUAAUGCUGAAAAAAAGUUAGAUGAAGACUGAUAGGAAAUGAAGAGGAAGAAUUGAUACUGACUGAAGCUCCUGCAAAUAGUACAUUUUGUUUCAGUUAAGGCAUUAAUCUUUAUGGAAGAGUGCUGUGAAACUUAAUAGCUUUAACUGUCAACAAUGAAUUCAGAUACAGAAACAGAGAUCUGAAGCCUCUGUUCCUUACAUGGUUUGUAUGUUGGCCAGCUCCACUAAAGUCCGGGGAGAUUCCCAAAAGGAAUCCUCCUUCAUAGAAGGGUGGCAUCAGUAAGCAAAAGAGAUCAUUCUCCACUAUAGUGGCUGUGGUGAAGUAGUUAACAGUUAACUUUUUAUAAUAAAUUUAUACCCUGGCUUUCAAGAAUUUUACAACCUCAAACAUAAACUUUUUUUUUUUUUUUUUUUUUUUUUUGUACCAUGACUCCUGCCAUAUAUUCCAUCUGGGCUCCCUAAGUGUGGUACAUAAGGUACUUUCCAGCUCACUUCAUUAUGUGCAGGGCCCGCCACCACCAGAUGAAAACCCGCACAACUGUUGAACAAAACCAGUUUGAAUUACUUCUACAAAAAUAUGGAAGUUCAGAGCUGGGAUUACUACCUUCACCAUGGAGGAUUUUAUGUCUCUGGAAAGACGGGGAGGGAUGUGAUGCGUGCAGACACAGAGCAAGCCAGUCAUCAGGCAGCAAACACAACUCUGAACUUCCUUAUUCUUGUUAGUUUUAAAUCAGAUGGCUGAUGAGACUCUCCUGAAUGAUGAUGUGCAAACUGGUGGGAGCAAGCUGUUGUAGCUGCAUGCAGAACAUGGUCUAGAUAAGAGACUCAGGAGAGCUGAAGCCUUUGGGGCUUCUGUGGCCCUACUAUAGGCUGUACUCAGAGCAAGUUCUGCAGCUUAUCUCUUGUCUUCUGCCAUCUGCAUGAGAGGGCUUUUCUCCAAUUUCCUGAGAACUUUACGUGAGUUAAAUUAAUCACAGAUUGGCCCAAACUACUGAUUUCAGAACUCUAUCUUCUCUUUCCAAAAAAGUACACUGGUAUGUAGGUUUGGGAUUCCUGCCCAUUUGAAAGUUAAGGGACAGCCAGGACAUCUAGAUCUGAAUCUCCCCGUUAUUAGCAUGCUGUGGUGAGUUGGGCUGGUGUGCAGGGAGGUGAGAGCUAAACUUUUCAAGCAUUAAGUACACCGUAGUUGGAAGCAGUUUGACAAAGCUUGAGUGGUGCUAUUAUUUGAUGCAUUGUGGCUAAUUUCUAUACCUGGCAUAUCUGGGAAAAAGGUACUGUCAUGCUUUUGCUUUCACCCCUGAAAUACUAAACCCAACUACAUGUUGAAAGGAGCGAUUAUCCAAAAUACUCUUCAUUUUCUGUAAUUCAUGUGAUCUGGCUUCAAAAAUUACUAUAAAUGUAUCCAAAGAAAUUGCACAUGUGUACAUGUAGCAUAGAGACUCAUCAACCACCUGUGUGUGGAAAUCUCCCCUCAAAGCGUCAGCGUUUGAUUAGGAAAUGUUGGUGGACCUGUCUCCAUUGCACUGCAGUUAAGAACCACUGGGAUACUGCUUCAUCACAAUCUUUAUCAUACAUUUAUUAUAUAUCCUCAUUUAUCUGUUCCAAAGAAGGAGUCUUUGCCAAAGAGAGACAUUGCUUUUUUUAAGAUGUACUUCUUAGCCAUGAAAAAAAUUCACAUCGUCUGUGGCUAUGGUAAUGUCCAAAAUGUUCCUUUCAGAAAGAAUUGGAAGAUCACACAGACAUUUCUGUUCGAGUCUGCAGAAUUUUUGCUUGGGCUGCUUUGGCUUUUUCUAAUACUUGUUGGCAAGUAGAGCUUGAUCCAUGUUUUGUGUGGCCAGAUAGGACCCAAGAGGAUCCAGGAUCAGGUUCUAAUUUAGCAAAAUAUUUAAGCCCGUGGGGUUUGUUCAGGCAUGGGCUUGAAGUUGUUACAUGGCGUGACUUAAGCCAUGGUUCUACAAUCAUUAAUACCAGACUGAUUCUGUAUUACACAGUCAUACAGAUUUGAUCUGGGCAGGAUGUGCGCACAGUCGCGUUUCUGUCAAAUUACCCAGAACUCCUGAUACAGCUCCCACGUUGCCUUUAGGCUGGCUGCAGGAGGACAAGCAGUAGCUGAUCCAACAUAAUGUUUGUACUACGGGAGGGUGAGUUAAUACAAGAUUGGGGCUUUAUGUCAAGUGGCUGUGGCACUUCCCCUACAUCACAAAUUGCCCUACAGCCAGAUUUACUGUAUCUUUGAACCAUGGCUUUAAACGUCUACUUAAACUUUCUACAGAAGAUUGGGUUGCCUUGGUUAUGGCCCAAUCCUUAAGCAUAUCCCCAAGUCUAACACUAGUAUUUUGUGAAUGUGAUGGUUUAUUUUCAUUUAAUUGUUGCUUGAAUGUUGCUUUUAAAAACAGGAAGCAACACCAUUGCUUUAGUCAGUCAGAUAAUGCACCUUUAAUUAUGUUUUUAUUUUUUAAUAUUUUAAUUUUUAGAGUUUUAUUACAGCUCCGAAACACUUGGGCAAUGACUUGGUCAUAGAGCUGUGGGAGUAGCAAAGCGUUUAUUGUAGUGAACUCUACGUAUAGCAUUUGGCCUGGUGGCAGAAGAAGGACUUGAAUGAGACACAGGCCUUACGUUGACUUUCUGCUUAUCACCAAAAUGUACUUGAGGAGAAUGAGGAUGAGGUGUCCUUUAGAGAAAUGAUGGGUGUUGAAGAGAAUAUGCAACAAAUCAUCUCGCUGACCCUGUAGCAGCUUCUACCUGGUAUAGUCAGCGGAGCCUAGCCUGGGCUUGAUAAACGCUGAUUUUACAUUAAUAUUCCUUUUGAUUUUGAGAAACUCCAGCAGAUGAGGGAUAACUGAACCCCAGAGAAGGUCUGUAAGGGAAAUCCUGUGUCUUUGUCCUCCUUCAGUGUCAGAGAUAGCAGUAUUAGAUACCUGGUGCCUUAGCUGAACAGCUCAAAAAGGAUUUGUGUUUUUAAUUGCUUUUUAUUGAUAGCUGGUUCCUGCAGUUGAUUCAGAAUGUUGAUUUGAUAUUUGUUCUCUAAGCUGUGCUGAUUACACUUUAUAUAGAUUUGAAUACUGUAAGUGAGGGCUAGCAGAGAAAAAUGUACUGAAGAAUUUUACUGUGGUAAAAUUCUCAAUAGAAAACACUAGUGAUGGUUACUGAGGGUUUGUUGCCAAAGGAUAGCAGGAACUACUUAGUACAAUCUAGAGGUUAGUAAGUACAAAUUAAGUACAAAUUACAAAGAGAGAACUGUGAGAACACCAUUUCCAGUUAGAGCCGGUUACAGUUUUUAUAGUAAAUUAUGUGAUGUCAGAAGGGCCAUUUUUUUAAUGAGAAGUUGUCUUGUUUUUGCAAUGAUAUCCAGAACAGUUUUUGUUGCUAUUCUAAUUAAAACCAUAUUGAGAAUUUUUAUCUAAAUAGAUUUCA